AUGCUUUUUCUACCCACUUUGGCCGCAGCUCUGCUGACGACCACGGUCGCUGCGCUGCAGAGCCCCCAUCGCAAGGCAGCAGUGCGGGAAACAGGAAAAUCUCUGCAAAAGAGAGAAGCAAUACGCGCAGUCACUUCUGACUUUCAAUACUUGAAUGAGAAGACGCAGAAAUUCCUCGUCAAUGGUACUCACUUUCCCCAAGUACCAUUCGAUAUAGGCGAAAGCUACUCUGGUCUCUUAUCCAACACCCCACAUGGCAAUUCGAGUUUGUUCUUCUGGUUUUUCCCUUCCACUAACCCAAUGGCCGACCGAGAAAUCACCAUCUGGCUAAACGGUGGUCCUGGCUGCAGCUCUUUGGAUGGGCUGCUUCAGGAAAAUGGCCCUUUUUUAUGGCAAUCUGGGACUUAUGCCCCGGUUCGUAAUCCAUAUUCGUGGUCGAAUCUAACAAAUCUCGUCUAUAUUGACCAGCCUGCGGGUACUGGUUUAUCGCCAGGCCCGGCCACCGUGCAAGACGAGAUUGAUGUUUCAAACCAAUUCAAUGAUUUCUGGAGGAGGUUUAUUCAAACUUUCAGCAUGCAGGGCUACAAGGUAUAUAUCACUGGAGAGAGCUAUGCCGGACAAUACAUUCCCUACCUAGCCGCGGGAAUGCUAGAUCAAAAUGAUACGACUCAUUUCAAUCUCAAGGGUAUUCAAAUUAACGACCCAUCCAUCAAUGAAGAUAGUGUGAUGAUCUAUGCCCCCGCGGUCGCGGCGUUGAAUUAUUUUGAUCGCGUUUUCGGUUUGAACGACACCUUCAUGGCAGAUAUCAACAAAAAGUCUGAAGCAUGUGGAUAUAACAAGUUCCUCGAUGAAGCUUUGACUUUCCCUCCGCCGAAGGACUUUCCCGUUGCCCCAAACCCCGAUGAAGAUGAUUGUGAUCUAUGGGACCAAAUUGUCAAGGCGGCAACCUAUGUGAACCCGUGCUUCAAUAUAUACCAUCUAACAGACUUCUGUCCUUUCCUGUGGGACCAAAUGGGCUUCCCCUCCUUGGCUGGUGGCCCGAACAAUUAUUUCAACCAGACUGCGGUCCAAAAGGCCCUCCAUGUCCCCAUCACCGAUUACUCUGUUUGCGGAGGCGACAUUUUUCCGAAUGGGGAUGGUUCGGUGCCAAGUGCUUUAGGUCCACUCCCAAGUGUUAUUGAACGUACCAAUAACGUGGUACUGGGCCAUGGGUGGUUUGACUACUUGUUGUUCAUGAACGGUAGCUUGGCCACCAUCCAAAAUAUGACAUGGAAUGGCCAGCAGGGGUUCCAACAUGCACCAACUGAGCCUCUUUUUGUGCCUUAUACCGAUGCCUUGGAUGCGGACGCAAAUGGCAAUGCAGAGUCUCCUUAUACUGCCGAUGCCGGCGCUGGGAUCUUGGGGACAGCUCACACAGAGCGUGGUCUUACGUUCUCCACAGUCUACGGUUCUGGGCACGAAAUCCCGCAAUAUGUUCCUGGUGCCGCUUACAGGCAGCUUGAGUUCUUGCUGGGUCGUAUCAAGAGCCUCCAGGAAAGAGGCUCUUAUACAACCCAGUAG